CCGGAUAAGGAGUCCGGGAACAUGGACUCGGAGUCGCUGGACGGCUGCAUUCAGAGCACGUUAUCAGCUCUCUACCCUCCGUUUGAGGCCACGGCAGCCACUGUCCUGUGCCAAGUUUUUGAUGUGGUGGAGAAGACGUACCGUGGGGAUGGACUGCGCUACCUCAUCGACUUCCUGAUUCCAGCCAAGCACAUCCUGCAGUGCAUUCAGCAGGAUGCCUGCGUGCAGUACUGUGGCUUGCUGUUUCGCCACGAGGGCUGGCCCCUCUGCGUCCACGAGAAGGUCGUAGUCCAGCUGGCUUCCAUUGACUGGCGGAUCCUCAAGCCUGGUGACUUCUACCUGCAGGUUGUCCCCUACCUGAAGAAGUCUCCACGGAUUGUCUUGAAAUGCUUGGCCAAAGAUGAGCAUAACGUGGAGGAAGUGGUGAUUCCAGAAGUUUCCUAUACCUCCAUUUUCACUCUGGAAUGGUUGAGCGCUUUCAAUGGCGAGCGGAUGGGUAUAGCACUGGAAAACUGUUUACUGACCACUGAUGAGAAGAUCUUUCGUGUCCCCUGGGACAGAGUGAUUCACCCUGAGUUCAUAAAUAAGCCCAAAGUCGUUGCAGACAGCAUCAUCUCCCCACAAGCGACAGAGGAAGGCUCCCAUUUGUGCCUCCCCAUGGACCAUGCUGAGUGCGGCUCACCAGAUUUAGGAUCUGGGGGGCUGCUGGAGGAAAGUCCAAGUGGAGGCAACCUGACCCUCAGCAGCACAGCCCCGCAGUUCAGCCAAGCUCUUGUCAAUGGUGUCUCUCCAAGUUCUGCGCCUCAAGAGGACUUGAAAAGUGACCUUGAAGGGGAGUACGUUGAGCUGACAGAAGUUUUGCUGCCUAGGUUUGGGCCACAAGCAGGCUCCUUAACCCAGUCGCUGGCUUUAAGUUACCUAACCCAGCCACGAGCACGAGUGGAUGUGUCUCCAGGCAAGCACAGCUUCCUUGUCACUCAAGACAGCACCAGCUCCAAGAACCUGACUCAGUCAGCACAGAUGCAGAAGGAGCACUGUCAGGUGAACGCUCUCAGGCCUUCUUCCCCAGGAGUUCUCCAGAAUGCAGUUCUGUUGGAAAGCAGCAAAAUGAUGGCACGUGGAGAGCCAGCUCAGCUGGUGCCAGGGAUGGUGUCAGAAGGGGCAGAGGCGCUAGAAGAAGCAAGUGGCCCAGAGGUGUUGAAACCAGUGAGCAAAGGCAGUGCCCUGGAGGAAACCUCACCAGCUGCUUCUCCCCCAGCGUCCCCAGUGCCUGGCUUUGCCUGGGGUGGUCGCUGUGCCCCUGCCAUUGGCAGGGAUGUCAACCCCGAAGUGCUCCGCAGCGGCGUCGCCUGCCUGCCCGGUACCAGAGAUAAGUCAGGGCGUGCAGUGGCCAUCAUAACAACCAGGAGCACAGCCUGGCUCAACCCCCACUGCAACACCACUGAGCUGGUGAGACUUCUUCUGUACCUGCACAGCAUCCCAAGAGCAGAAUGUCAGGCCCUGGGCCUGACUGUCCUUGUGGAUGCUCGCCGCUGCUCACCAGUUCCUGCUCUCUUCAAGGCCUUCAGCAUAUUGCAGGACAUGGAUCCUCACUGCAUCCAUGGAGUGCUGCUGCUGGUGGAGAGGGAUGUGACUUUUCGGAUGGAGAAGCCACCAGCAGGACAGUUUGAAGUCCUCACCUCCAUGAAGUCCCUCCACAAGCACAUAGACAGCUCCCAGCUGCCUCUGGAGCUGGAUGGGACCUUCCCGUACUGCCACCGGGACUGGUUAAGCUUCCGCAUGAAGCUGGAACAUUUGCUGCAAGGAUGCCAAGGUGCUUGUGCCUUCCUCCAGGGAGCCAUUCAGAAAGUGGAGACUGGAAAUUUACCAGCCAGAGCUGAGGAGGCAGCUGUGCUGCUGAGGAGCUACAGGCAGCUGAUGAAGAACGUUCUGGAGGACUCAAGGCUGGUGAGGCUGCAGCUGGAAGGGGGAGCACUCCUGGCCAGGCUGAGGAAGGAGGAGUCUUGUGUCACCCUCACCCAGGACUACAGGGACGCCCUGGCCGCGGCUGCCCUGCUGUACAACGGGGUGGACGAGGGCGUGCACCGCCUCGUCAUGCUCUCCAACAAACGCCUCCAGGAGCUGGAGCUGCUGAUGGACUUCCAGAAGGUGGAGGAGUGUCUGAAGGAGGUCAGCAGUUGGAUUGAGAAUGUUGGCAGAAAAAGGCUGAAGGAAACCAUCAACCUGGACGAUUCUCUGGAGAUGCUGCUCCAAACACAAAAGCAGUUCAGGGAGUUUGAUCUUGUUGCCAGUGAAUACUGCAGAAGGGGGCAGGAGGCGCUGAAGAAGAUGGAGCGCUGGGAAGACUUCUCCUCUGUGGAUGUGGAUUCUUACAGGGGCAAGCUGCAGAGCCACAGGGAUCAGCUGGAGGAGUUCUGCACUCAGCUGGAUGAGAGCAGGCACCGGAUCUGUGAGACAGUCAGGCUCUAUGAGUUCUUUGACAAGGCCUACGAGUGGGCCCUGGAAGGGAUGCGGCACCUGGCCUGCGUCAGCAUGGAGGAGUGCAGCUCGGCACAGCACUGCGCCGCCGUCGUCCACUGCCUGGAGAGCUACAAGGGGCAGCACCCCGACAUCAGCGACGCCCGCUUCCAGGAGAUGAAGGAGCUGGCCUGUGAGCUCAAGAGCGACAAGGGCCUCAAGCAGUGGAAGUUCGCCUGGUCCAAGUGCCAGGAGACCAAGCUGGUUUUUGAGAAGAAGCUGGAAGCAGCCCUGAGAACCAGGAGGUCGCUGCUGCCGGAGCGCAGGGCGGCGGCAGGGGAGCAGCCCGGGGCUGCCGGCGAGCCCUGCGGCCCGGCCCACCGCAGGCACUCGGAAGGAGCCGCCCCUGCCUCCCACUGGGACAGGACUUCCAGCGCUGGGGGAUCUCCGUGCUACAACAGGCCCGGCUGCUCUGCAGGGUGGGCCAAAGAGAAAGCUCCCUCCUCCUCCCACAGCUGCCCCGGAGAUGUCACUGCUGGGGAAGAGUUCCCCUGCCAAGCUGCUCUCAGCCCUGGCCCUCACUCCGGCAGGGUCCCUUUUGCCAGGGAGGCCUCCAAGUCUCCGAAGCUGCCUGAAGAAAAGCCAAACCUGGAGAAUAUAUUAGAAACCCUGGAGAUGAAGCCAUCCUGUGUGUCUACUCCAGCCCCUGGCAAGCUGCCUCCCAGGAGGAUGCUGAGGAAGGCCCAAAGCUUUGACCUGCCCUGCGGCGAGAGCCUGUGGUCAGGCUGCCAGAGGACACUGAGCGAGCCGGCCAGGUACGGCAACACCGGAGUCUUCAUCAAGGGGCUGGAGGUGAGCAGCACCGAGCUGGUGGACAGAACCUUCGCCCUGAGCAAGCUGCGGCACAUCAUCGACGAGAUGGUGACCACGGAGCGGGAGUACGUCCGCUCCCUCUGCUACAUCAUCGACAGCUACUUCCCCGAGAUGGAGCGACCGGACCUGCCCCAGGAUCUGCGCGGCAAGCGCAGCGUCAUCUUCGGCAACCUGGAGAAGCUCUACGACUUCCACAGCCAAUACUUCCUGCGGGAGCUGGAGAGCUGCUGCAACCACCCCCUGCGCGUCAGCCACUGCUUCCUGCGCCACAAGGACCAGUUUGGGAUGUAUGCUCUGUACAGCAAGAACAAGCCCAAGUCGGACGCGCUGCUGGCCAGCCACGGCAACACCUUCUUCAAGUUCAAGCAGGUGCAGCUUGGGGAUAAGAUGGACCUGGCCUCCUACCUGCUGAAACCCAUCCAGAGGAUGAGCAAAUACGCCCUGCUCCUGAAGGACCUCAUCAAGGAGUGCAGCGAGGCGCAGGAGCAGGAGCUGGGCUACCUCCGCGCCGCGGAGGAGAUGGUGAAGUUCCAGCUCCGCCAUGGCAACGACCUGCUGGCCAUGGAUGCCAUCCGGGACUGUGAUGUGAACCUGAAGGAGCAGGGGCAGCUGGUGAGGCAGGACGAGUUCACCAUCUGGCUGGGCCGCAGGAAGUGCCAGCGACACGUCUUCCUCUUUGAGGACCUCAUCCUCUUCAGCAAGCCCAAGAGGAUCGAGGGUGGCUUUGAUGUGUACAUCUACAAGCGUUCCAUCAAGACUGCAGACAUUGGGCUGACGGAGAGCUGCGGGGACAGCGGGCUGCGCUUCGAGAUCUGGUUCCGGCGCCGCAAGUCCAGCGACACCUACAUCCUCCAGGCCAGCUCAGCUGACACUAAGCAGGCCUGGACCAGUGACAUUGCCAAGAUCCUGUGGCAGCAGGCAGCCCGCAAUAAAGAGAUCCGCAUGCAGGAGAUGGUCUCCAUGGGGGUGGGCAACAAGCCCUUCCUGGACAUCAAACCCAGCGAGGCAGCCAUCAAUGACCGUGCUAUCGAUUACAUCAUGAAGGGCAGAGGUGCCAGGACCAGGGCGUCCAUCGCGGUGUCCCUCUUCGACCAUUCCAACCCCUACAAGAGGACGCAGGCACAGCUCUCCGCCGGCAGCACCCCUGCUGCCUACAGCCCUUCCUCCUCCUCUUCCUCCUUGCUGGGACCCCUCAACCUCCACAUGUACCUGGACCAGGCUCUGCUGCCAAGCGUCCUGGCCCCCAGCCGCCCCUUCGAUGUCGGCGCCUGCAUCGAGGAGGAUGAGCUGGAGCAUGAGACCAGCAGCCAGCCCUCGCUGACCACGGAGAGCUCCGAGUCCUCGCACUGCCUGUCGGGCAGCGGCUCCAGCGGCUCCGACAGUGGCUGCGUCUCCAGCAUCCCUCAGGAAAGCUUCUGCGAAGACCUGGGCUCUCCACCCUACAUCCCCCUGGGCCCCCAGCACCGUUCUGCCAUGGAGGAGAAGCCCAGGUUCCCCAACAGCCAGUACAUCUCUGCAAAAGCAGGCCAGGUCACCAUAAGCCCCUCGACAAUGGUGUGA